GACUGGCAGCCAGAGCUGCGGCCCUCCAUGGAGUUGAUGCCCGAGGUUCUGCUCCGGUCUAGCGGCGGCGGCGCCGAGGUCUACAGAGGUGUCUGGUUCCGCAGAUUCAGCAAGAGCACGAGUGCCAUCACCGUGGCCAUGAAGAAGCUGACAACCGAGGUCCCCGAGGUUGCCGCCCUUGAGCGGCCGGUCCAUCGAAACAUCUUGCGCUGCUAUGGCGCGACCGCAGAGGCUCCCUUCAUUGCCGUCUCAGAGUAUUGUGCGGGUGGCUCGCUUGCUGACGCCCUGAAG